GCUGUGGCUGUGGCAGCCAAGGGGCCCCUUCCUGGGGCCAGUGCAGCUGAUCCCUGCCAGUCCCUGCCAGGCUGCUCCCAGCACAGCCGCUGCCCUGGCAGCUGUGGGGGCCAGGGAGGGCCGUGGCCAGCCCCUGCCCCAGGAGGCCCAGAGCCCGGGCACCCACCUGCCCUUGUGCUGAGCAGAGCGAGGCCGCAGCAGUGGAUGCAGCCCUGGCCCAGGGCAGCGCUUUUAUGGGGGGCCGGGCAGGCGGGGCGGGAGCUGCCCAUGCUGGGGGCACGUGGCGCUGGGGGCCCAGCCCCUGCCUCCUCCCUGCCUGCCACGGGGCUCUUUUGCUGACUGGCUCUCCUGGACAGCCCCAACCCGCUCUCUCAGCCCCUGCAAUUACCCCCUGGCACGCUGCCAGCUCAUGGGGCACAUCAGUCCUGCUGGCUCCUCAUUAUCUCAUCGGGGCAUCAUCUGCACAGGGGAAGGUUACGAAACCCCACAGCCAAGGCAGCUCCUCGUUCCCUGCCUGCUCAGCACGGGGCAUCACUGGCCAGCCCAGCAGAGCCGGGCUCCAUCCACCUCCAGGCUCUGGCCAUGGAGCUCUGCAGGCCUGGGGGAGAGAAACCCCUCCUGUCCUGCCCACAGGGGAAUAGGGCAAGGAGCACAGAGCCCCAGGGCAGCCCCCGUGAUUCUGGUGCCUGCCAGCCCUGUCCCAGCCCCACCAGAAUCCCUCCCAGCUCCUCCUGGAGCCCCAUUGCUGAGGGAGAUCCCAGGAUCACACUGUAUGUCAGGGGGGAUUAGACCCUUAAGGAUCAUUGAGUGAAACUCCUGUUCCUGCACAAGAGUCAUCCCAUGUGCCCCAGAGUAUUGCCCAAAGAGCUGUUGAAGUGUGUGAGGGUUGGUGCUGUGGCACUGCCCUGCUGCCAAGUGCCCAGGAGGCAGGAAGGGGCAGCAGGCUGGGGCAGUGGGAUGUGCUGGGGUGGCAGCCGGGGGGAUGCUGACUCAGGGAGGGGCAGGAGCGGCCCAGCCCUGGUGGCAUCAGCAGCAGGGAGUGUCCCCUGUGCCCAUUGGCCCGGCUGGGGCUGAGCACUGCUGGGGCUGCUAUAAAAGGCCCGGCCGGGCCAGGCUGUGCCAAGCUGCUCUGGCCACCUUGUCCUCGGGGAACAGGAGCUCCAGCGCAUCCCUGGCCGACAUGUCCUGCUACGAGCUGUGCCCCCCCAAAGCCAGCGUGGCUGUGCCCAAGCCCAGCGUGGCUGUGCCCCAGCCCAUCGCCGAGAGCUGCAACGAGCUGUGCGCCCGCCAGUGCCCCGACUCCACGGCCUUCAUCCAGCCGCCCCCCGUGGUGGUCACCUUCCCCGGCCCCAUCCUCAGCUCCUUCCCCCAGCAAGCCGUGGUGGGCUCCGCCGGAGCCCCCGCCUUUGGGGGCUCCCUGGGGCUGGGGGGCCUCUACGGCCAAGGGGCCACCCAGGCCUCGGGGGGCCUCUGCACCUUCCCCACAGCCUGCGCUGCUCCCGCCUGCAGCCCUUGGCUCCUGCCCCGCUACUCCAGGAAAAUCUGGGACACCUGCGGGCCCUGCUAGACCCAGCCCACACCCCACUGCCAGCGCUCACCACGCUCCACAGCCCAGCAGCUGCACAACAGCCCUUGGCCUCCUCCAGCCCGGCACCACCAGCCUGCCUGGCUCUUGCCCACCAGCUCUCUCACACUCUCUCCUGACCCCCUCUGCUCAAUAAACUUUUCCUGCAGCCAA